AUCAUCACACACGCUGACAGAGAUCCUCCACUGACUUGAACGCAGAGGGGCCUAAAAGCAACAUACACCGGUGAAAAGAGCAACACGUACCUACUGGAUCAUGGAGAGCAGCACACAGAGCUCCCCUCUUUCUUCCUGGAGUGACUGUUUCGUAUUGAAGCGGAUCCGCAUGUUGGUCCCUGUUGGUUUCAAGACAGAAGUCAAAGAGUUGUCUAAACUGGCCGGACCAGUGAUUAUAUCCCAGUUCAUGGCUUUUGCAGUGGGUUUAGUCAGCACUAUUUUCUGUGGCCAUCUGGGGAAGACAGAGCUGGCAUCAGUGUCUUUGGCCAUAGCAGUUAUUAAUGUUACAGGUAUAUCUAUUGGCUAUGGGUUGUCAUCAGCAUGUACUACUCUGAUUUCUCAGACCUUUGGGAGUGGUAACUUCCUGAGAGUUGGGGUCAUUAUGCAGCGGGCGAUCCUCAUCUUGAUACUGGCGUGUUUCCCCUGCUGGGCGAUCCUCAUCAACACAGAGCCCAUUCUCUUGGCGGUCAGACAGGAACCAGAGGUGGCCAGGUUGGCUCAGAUGUAUGUGAAGAUUUUCAUGCCAGCACUUCCUGCUACAUUCAUGUAUUCAUUAGAAACAAAAUAUCUGCAAAACCAGGGCAUCAUAUGGCCACAGGUAAUCACAGGCUUUGUGGUCAAUCUUCUGAACGCUCUCAUCAACUACGUCGUUCUCCACGCAUUAAAACUGGGAGUAGCUGGUUCUGCUGUUGCCAACACCAUUUCUCAGUUCGCCAUGGCUGGAAUUCUAUAUGCUUAUAUCAUGUGGCGAGGUCUUCAUAAGGCCACCUGGGGAGGCUGGUCAAAAGAGUGCAUGCAGAACUGGGGCUCAUUCAUUCACUUGGCCAUCCCCGGCAUGGUGAUGCUUUGUGUUGAGUGGUGGACGUAUGAAAUUGGAGCUUUUCUGGCAGGUCUAAUAAGUGAGGUGGAACUUGGAGCUCAGUCAGUCGUAUACCAGCUGGCAAAUAUUGCAUACAUGUUCCCUAUUGGUUUUAGUGUAGCAGGCAGUGUAAGAGUUGGAAAUGCCUUGGGAGCUGGAGAAACAGAGCAGGCCAAGCUGUCUGCUAAAAUGUCAAUGUUCUGCUCAGGGUCAGUGUCUAUAUGUUUGGCAGUUCUCAUUGCGAGUCUAAAGGGCCAUAUCUCCUACAUUUUUACGUACGAUGAACAAAUCAGGGAAAGGGUUGCUGAUGUUAUAAGUUUCUAUGCUCCAGUCAUCCUCCUAGAUGCAAUAUCAGGUGCCACAAGUGGCAUUAUACAAGGAGCAGGUAAACAGAGAGUUGGGGCUAUUUGCAACACUUUGGGAUAUUAUGGCAUUGGUUUCCCUAUUGGAGUGCCAUUGAUGUUUGCUGCCAAAUUAGGAAUCAAGGGUCUGUGGAUGGGCUUGUUUACCUGUGUGUUUCUACAAUGCUCAUUUCUGAUUUUCUACCUGGCAAGAAUGAACUGGAAUAAAGUUACAGUCGAGGCUCAAAUAAGAGCGGGCAUGCGUGGGAGCUCCACAGACACAAGUCCGCAGCCAGAUGUUCCAGGUAACUCACAUGGCCAAACAGACAACAUGGACCUGGUUGACACUGAGGAGGAACCAACAGUGAAGGAGGAGCUGGAUCACAGGACUCUGGUUCUGCGGAGAGGGUUGGCUCUGGCUGCCAUGCUAUUCAUCCUGGCUGCUGGAAUCAUUAUUAACCUACUGAUCACUAACUUGGUUACAUGAACAUGAACAAAGUCUGUUGUAUUCAGUGGAGUAACUCAUGAGUAACUCAUCAACUCAUGAUGCUGCUGCUUCCAUCGCAGGAAGUCAGAGCAGCACAGUAGAGAGGCAGAAGUGCAGAUAAGCAGGAAGGAGGAGGUAUGAGCAAUGAAUUAAUCUCUGAAGCAAAAUAUUACUCUUAAACCAUUAUUUCACAGGAUUUUCCAGUGAAUCUGAAGGCAUUUGGUUCACAACCACAUUCUGGCAAACUACAGAGAGGUCGACAACCUCUGUAUUUAUAAGAUUAAACAGAAACAUUGUGAUUA